ACAAGAGCUAAAACAAACAGCUGUGACUGUACGAGCCAGCCAAAUAAGAGGGAAAGAGAGAGAGAGAGAGAGAAUAUCCUAUCACCACUCCCCCCAAUCAGUCUCUUCUCCACCCCACCCCCCGCACCUCUCCUACAUCUGAUCCCCACCCCCAGAUCCCUCUUCCUCAGUUUACUCCGGGUCUCUCAGCAUGAGGAGGAUCCGGGCUAAUGCCAUCGCCAUCCUGACCGUAGCCUGGAUCCUGGGCACUUUCUAUUACUUGUGGCAGGACAACAAGCCUCAUUCAGCAGCAUCCAGCCGAUCGCCGAGCAGCGGCGGCGGCAGGAAUGGGCAGAGAUCCACGGGCAAAGUCGAGAUCCACAAAGAAGAGAGGACUAUCCCCCUCAUCGCAUCCAAGCCACCACAAGCAGAGAAAAGUGGCUUACGGGGUUUUGAUGAAAAGGCAUAUGUCUCCUCAAAGCUGCUGAAGGCCGGAGAAGAUCCUUAUCGGCAACAUGCCUUCAAUCAGUUAGAGAGUGACAAGCUCAGCAGCGACCGGCCCAUUCGAGACACGAGGCAUUACAGGUGUGCCUCUGUGCACUACGGUGCCGACCUGCCAGCAACCAGCAUCAUUAUCACUUUCCAUAAUGAGGCUCGUUCCACCUUGCUCCGCACAGUGAAAAGUGUUCUGAACCGCACUCCUGUCAACCUAAUUCAGGAAAUAAUUUUAGUGGAUGACUUCAGCUCCGAUCCUGAGGAUUGCCAGCUCCUUACCAAGAUACCAAAGGUCAAGUGUCUUCGCAACAGUCGGCGAGAAGGAUUGAUCCGUUCUCGUGUGCGAGGUGCUGAUACAGCGGCAGCCGAGAUCCUUACUUUUCUGGACAGCCAUUGUGAAGUCAACAGCGAAUGGCUGCAGCCGAUGCUUCAGAGAGUGAAAGAGGAUUAUACUCGGGUGGUGAGUCCUAUCAUCGAUGUGAUAAGCCUGGAAAAUUUUGCCUACUUAGCAGCAUCAGCAGAUUUGAGGGGAGGGUUUGACUGGAGCCUUCACUUUAAGUGGGAGCAAAUCCCCAUUGAGCAAAAAUUGUCCAGAACAGAUCCUACUGAGUCCAUCAGAACACCUGUCAUAGCAGGAGGCAUCUUUGUGAUAGAUAAAUCUUGGUUUAACCAUCUUGGAAAAUAUGACACUCAGAUGGACAUCUGGGGAGGAGAGAACUUUGAGCUUUCUUUCCGCGUCUGGAUGUGUGGAGGCAGCUUGGAGAUCGUUCCCUGCAGCCGAGUAGGACACGUUUUCAGGAAGCGCCAUCCGUAUGACUUCCCUGAGGGAAAUGCGCUGACCUAUAUCAAAAAUACCAAACGUACAGCAGAAGUAUGGAUGGACGAAUACAAGCAGUAUUAUUAUGAGGCCCGGCCAUCUGCCAUUGGAAAGUCAUUUGGAAGUAUUGUGGACCGGGUGGAACAGCGCAGGAAACUGAACUGUAAAUCCUUCCAGUGGUACUUGGAGAACGUCUACCCUGAGCUCAAGGUUCCAGAAAAGGAGCUGAUUCCUGGCAUCAUCAAGCAAGGAGCCAAUUGCUUGGAGUCUCAGGGACAGGAUACAGCAGGGAAUUCUCUAGCAGGGGUUGGAAGCUGUAAAGGGACAGUGAACAAUCCUGUGGCCACUCAGGAGUGGAUAUUCAGUGACCCUUUAAUCAGGCAGCAGGACAAGUGUCUUUCAAUCACCUCUUUCUCCGCUGGCUCUCAGAUCACAAUUGAGGCAUGCAAUCAGAAAGAUGGCAGACAGAAAUGGAAGAUGAAAGGCAACUUCAUCCAGCACUUCGUCAGUGGCCUUUGCUUAGAAAGCCAGUCCAGCAGACUAGUGACCAACAUCUGCCAGUCAGACAUACUGGGCCAACAAUGGCAGCUGCUUCAAGCCACAUGAUGGUUGCCGGGCAACUUCUCUGAUGCUUUUGCAUGAGACUCUUGGGAAUGGAAGGGGUUAGGGUGGGAGAUGAAGUUUGAUUAUCUUUAAACCCUUAAGUAUUUUGAUUGUGAGCCUCAGCCGAUAACUAUUUCAGUUGAAAUGUCAGUGUUUUUGGAUCCAUUAACGAAGCACUCCGAAAUAUAUGGAAAGAUCCCUGGAAAUAGCCCACCUGCUAGCUGUUUCCACUCUGUGAGUAACUCCAUAAGAAGCUCCACAGCAGCUCACGGCUUGGGAAGGGUGCAGCCCAGCAGCCCAGACUUAGGUGUGACUAAGACUGACUGACAACUCUUCUCCUCUCCUCCAUUCCUUUCUCUCCAGGGAAACUUGUGCUCUCUGGCCCCAUGGAGUUGUCGCAAUGGAUGUCUGUGACAACGCUUAAUAUGAACUCCUGGUGUAUUUGUUUGGCUUCACUGGCAUUUCGACCUGACAUCACUUCUCAUUUUGCAUGUGUGUUGUACAAAAAAGCUGUAUGAGAAAACUAGCAAGAAUUGUUGUGGCUAAGUUAUUGGGAGAUGCCUAAUUGUGGGGGGUGGGGGAUGAAAGAAGCAGCAGCUAGGGUCUUUAUUGUUGUUUUUCGUUUCGUUUCUGUGUUUGGUUCCUCACUGGCGUGUGUUAAUAUAAUUCAUCGCAGAGAUUCUCUGUAUGGCUUCUUGUUUUGCUGUUUUUGAUAGGGUUGAUGGUACAUUGCAGUAAGAAACUUAAAACCCCAACUGGCUAAA